CGCUGCCUCUUCAGAUGAGACAGCUAAUACAGCACCAGUCUAGCUUGGUCAGCACAUUCUCCCUGACGGAGCACACUCCUGGGAACCUGAACCCCCCCACACUGGGGGACGCUUGCUGCCAGGGGGAUAACAGAGGAGGUGGAACAUGGGACACAUGCAUGCGCCGAGCAUCCACACACACAUACGGUUCUGUAAGGGCACACACACACACACACACACACACAAAGGUUUUACUCAUAAAUAAAGUCACAAACACACAUCCACACAUUCUCAUACACACUUGGCACACACAUACACACACAAACACUUGGCAGUUGGCACACAAACAGACACACACACACGUUACCUAGAAGCCACCACACACUGUCAUCUGGUAUCAUAUGUGGGGGCUGUAUUCUGCUUAGUAAAGAAGGCUGUAUCAGUAGCAUGUAUCUCUAGCAGGUUGUACCUUAGGAAAUGUAGAAGUGUACACUAUUUGUGACCCCUAAUGUCCUACUAGAACUAUAAUACCUGUGUGUGUGUGUGUGUGUGUGUGUGUGUGUGUGUGUGUGUGUGUGUGUGUGUGUGUGUGUGUGUGUGUGUGUGUGUGUGUGCGCGUCCCCUAAUGCAACUAUCUGCCUGCGCCAUGUGUGUUUUAAGAGGCUUACUCUGUAGGACCCCCAGAGGAACAUUUAUAACCAAGACACUCAAGGCCCUUUCAACUGCAGCUUUACCCAUAUGACUCCAGCUUUCAUGUUCAUACUGUACAUGUCUAUAGUGACUAGGGCUGGGAUAUAUAUGCUAGGUAUGUAGCUAGGUGAAACAGAACAAUGCCCAUUCAAAUGCAGCUUACCCACUUGACUUCAGCUUUCAUGGUCAUACAUGUCUAUGGCAAGGGGAUAUAGAACACUAGGUAGAUCUAUAUAAUAUUAAUGGUCGACUUUGGUCGAAAAAAUUCUAAAAUAACGGCUUUAAACUGUAUAACUGAUCAAUACACCAUCGUGCCAGGUCAUUUAAUGCUUAAAAACAUGAAUAAGGUAUUUGGCUACAGAAGUGCCAUUUCAUUCCGAUCUCUACAGCUUCUGUCCAAAAACAAAUCCUGUGAAAUGAUGUCAACAUAUACUGGAGUAGUUACUGGCUAGCUUAGCUAACGAACUAGCUACAUCUGGAGGAGUUACUGGCUAGCUACACUGGUUAGCUUAGCUAACGAACUAGCUAUAUCUGGAGGAGUUACUGGCUAGCUACACUGGUUAGCUUAGCUAACGAACUAGCUAUAUCUGGAGGAGUUACUGGCUAGCUACACUGGCUAGCUUAGCUAACGAACUAGCUAUAUCUGGAGGAGUUACUGGCUAGCUACACUGGCUAGCUUAGCUAACAAUCUAGCUACAUCUGGAGGAGUUACUGGCUAGCUACAGCGGCUAGCUUAGCUAACAAACUAGCUACAUCUGGAGGAGUUACUGGCUAGCUACACUGGCUAGCUUAGCUAACGAACUAGCUACAUCGGUCGCGGUGUGCAUGACCAAAAUGACACAUCAAUGAACCACCAAAGGCACACCCCAUUCUGUUUGAAAACGGAGAAAAGGGUGGAGUUGGACCGUUUUUCUUGCCCAAAGUGGACCUUUAACAUCCCAGUGGUAUAACAUAACCCUCCACGGCUCAGAGCUUUAAAGUACUGUAGUUCCCUACUGAGAGCUGAGUGGGGGAGGUAUACAGGGGGGAGCUUCUGCUAAGCUAUAUGGAAUUGUUUUAGGAAGGUCAUACCAAGGAUCAUUUAGCUAUUUGAUUGUUUUAUUAUGCUAAUUAGAUAGCAACCACUUUAAUCUGUCCCCUGGGCUACCACUGCCAGGGACAUAGAGAAAUAAUUCAUUAUAUACUGAAUGGGCAGGGACACAACUGCCUACCUGUCUGUAGACUGCCUACUGCUUACAGUACAGUUUGUGUGUGUGUGUGUAUGUGUGUGUGUGUGUGUCGGCUGCAUUCAAGCUUGGGAUCACAAUCAAGCUGCUGCUAAAUUAGAUUUGGGCAAGGGGAGGACUCAAGUGUACUAAUGUAACAUUGUUUAAUAAAUUAUUACUUAUUUAUGGAACGAACAAGGAAGGAACUGUUAGGUAUUUGUCUGGACAUGACAGAAAUAGAUAUGAUAGAUACAUUUAUGGAUAUUUUUCUCACUUGUACUCCAUUUUUGAUAACAAUUGUUAUUGAAUCAUACAGAAUAUGGAUACCAAUUGCAUUUUGUGUCCAAGUGACUUUCCAGUAUUUUCCAUCCCUAUAAUGUGUAGCAUCAGAGCAAGAUUUAUCUGUUACUGAUGAGACAUAAGUAUCUCAAUGUACUUGAGACAUCUGACAGAUCUUCCAUUACGUCUGAGUUACUGUUUGGAGUGGACCGCCCUGUAUUGUCUCCCAAUAACAGCUCUGAUUACUGUCAUGGCCGUAGACAAACACACAGUCCCCUAUCUCCUAGAUCCUGUCUGUACGGCCUCCAACACACAUACUCAGUCCCCUAUCUCCUAGAUCCUGUCUGUACGGCCUCCAACACACAUACUCAGUCCCCUAUCUCCUAGAUCCUGGCUGUACGGCCUCCAACACACAUACAUAGUCCCCUAUUUCCUAGAUCCUGGCUGUACGGCCUCCAACACACAUACUCAGUCCCCUAUCUCCUAGAUCCUGGCUGUACAGCCUCCAACACACACUCAGUGCCCUAUCUCCUAGAUCCUGGCUGUACGGCCUCCAACACACAUACACAGUCCCCUAUCUCCUAGAUCCUGGCUGUACGGCCUCCAACACACAUACACAGUCCCCUAUCUCCUAGAUCCUGGCUGUACGGCCUCCAACACACAUACACAGUCCCCUAUCUCCUAGAUCCUGGCUGUACGGCCUCCAACACACAUACUCAGUCCCCUAUCUCCUAGAUCCUGGCUGUACGGCCUCCAACACACAUACUCAGUCCCCUAUCUCCUAGAUCCUGGCUGUACGGCCUCCAACACACACUCAGUGCCCUAUCUCCUAGAUCCUGGCUGUACGGCCUCUAACACACAUACACAGUCCCCUAUCUCCUAGAUCCUGGCUGUACGGCCUCCAACACACAUACACAGUCCCCUAUCUCCUAGAUCCUGGCUGUACGACCUCCAACACACAUACACAGUCCCCUAUCUCCUAGAUCCUGGCUGUACGGCCUCCAACACACAUACACAGUCCCCUAUCUCCUAGAUCCUGGCUGUACGGCCUCCAACACACAUACACAGUCCCCUAUCUCCUAGAUCCUGGCUGUACGGCCUCCAACACACAUACUCAGUCCCCUAUCUCCUAGAUCCUGGCUGUACGGCCUCCAGCACACAUACUCAGUCCCCUAUUUCCUAGAUCCUGGCUGUACGGCCUCCAACACACAUACUCAGUCCUCUAUCUCCUAGAUCCUGACUGUACGGCCUCCAAAACACACACAUACAUAGUCCCCUAUCUCCUAGAUCCUGGCUGUACGGCCUCCAACACACAUACUCAGUCCCCUAUCUCCUAGAUCCUGGCUGUACGGCAUCCAACACACACUCAGUGCCCUAUCUCCUAGAUCCUGGCUGUACGGCCUCCAACACACAUACUCAGUCCCCUAUCUCCUAGAUCCUGGCUGUACGGCCUCCAACACACAUACUCAGUCCCCUAUCUCCUAGAUCCUGGCUGUACGGCCUCCAACACACAUAUUCAGUCCCCUAUCUCCUAGAUCCUGGCUGUACGGCCUCCAACACACACUCAGUGCCCUAUCUCCUAGAUCCUGGCUGUACGGCCUCCAACACACAUACACAGUGCCCUAUCUCCUAGAUCCUGGCUGUACGGCCUCCAACACACAUACUCAGUCCCCUAUCUCCUAGAUCCUGGCUGUACGGCCUCCAACACACAUACUCAGUCCCCUAUCUCCUAGAUCCUGGCUGUACGGCCUCCAACACACAUACUCAGUGCCCUAUCUCCUAGAUCCUGGCUGUACGGCCUCCAACACACAUACUCAGUCCCCUAUCUCCUAGAUCCUGGCUGUACGGCCUCCAACACACAUACUCAGUCCCCUAUUUCCUAGAUCCUGGCUGUACGGCCUCCAACACACACUCAGUGCCCUAUCUCCUAGAUCCUGGCUGUACGGCCUCCAACACACAUACUCAGUCCCCUAUCUCCUAGAUCCUGGCUGUACGGCCUCCAACACACACAGUCCCCUAUCUCCUAGAUCCUGGCUGUACGGCCUCCAACACACAUACUCAGUCCCCUAUCUCCUAGAUCCUGACUGUACGGCCUCCAAAACACACACAUACAUAGUCCCCUAUCUCCUAGAUCCUGGCUGUACGGCCUCCAACACACAUACAUAGUCCCCUAUCUCCUAGAUCCUGGCUGUACGGCCUCCUUUACUUGAAUUUCCUCUUCAGCAUCUGUCUGUCUGUGUGUCUGUCUGGGAAGGAUGUGUGGCUGGCUCAGGUGAAUAGCAAGGCUACCAAGUGUGCAUCCCAAAUGGCACCCUAUUCCCUAUAUAGUGCACCACAACUGUGGGCCCUGGUCAAAUGGAGUGCACUACAUAGGGAAUAGGGUGCUGUUUGUGACCCAGACCAAGGCUACCAAGCCAGGAGCUACGUUGACGGAGGAGGGAGGGAGGGAGGGAGGGAGGGAGGGAGGGAUGGAGGGUGGGGAAUCGGUGAGAGAGGGGAAUCGGUGAGAGAGGGGAAUCAGUGAGAGAGGGGAAUCGGUGAGAGAGGGAAUCAGUGAGAGAGGAGAAUCAGUGUGCAAUCAUGGUGGUUUUCUGUAAGGUUACACAUACAGAGAAUGAGGGAAUGAGGGAAGGGCAGAAGGGACAGAGUGGAGUCACGUGUCUUCGCUGGUUUGAAUGAUAAAAAGGGUUGUGAUGUGUUUCAAUGGCCUUGGGAACAUUGUGACUGAGCCAACAGCAGUGUUUUUAACUCUUUCUAUGCUUCUGCUUUUCCCUGUGUGCCUGCAUGGGGGCUGGCAUGUGGGUCUCUGUGUGCAUGGGGGCUGGCGUGUGGGUAUCUGUGUGCAUGGGGGCUGGCGUGUGGGUAUCUGUGUGCAUGGGGGCUGGCGUGUGUCUCUGUGUGUGUGCAGGUGACUCCCAGGGGACAUGUGGGGACCCAGGCACCCCGUCGCAGGGCAGCAGGGAGGAGAGUAACUUCAGGAUCCGCAGUAAAGUCCAGUUCAGCUGCUCUGAGGGUUACGAGCUGAUUGGCUCUGCUGAGAGGAUGUGCUUUCCCAACGCCACCUGGUCUGGAACUCAGCCCUUCUGCAAACGUGAGACCACACACGCACACGCACGCACACACACACACACACACACACACACACACACACACACACACACACACACACACACACACACACACACACACACACACACACACACACACGCAAACGUGAGACCACACACGCACACACACACACACACACACACACACACACACACACACACACACACACACACACACACACGCAAACGUGAGACCACACACGCACACACACACACACACACACACACACACACACACACACACACACACACACACACACAAACAUGAGACCACACGCACGCACACACACGCAAACAUGAGACCACACACUCGCACACACACGCAAACAUGAGACCACACGCACGCACACACACGCAAACAUGAGACCACACGCACGCACACACACGCAAAUGUGAGACCACACGCACGCACACACACGCAAAUGUGAGACCACACGCACGCACACACACGCAAAUGUGAGACUACACGCACGCACACACACGCAAACAUGAGACCACACGCAUGCACACACACGCAAACUUGAGACCACACGCACGCACACACACACAAACGUGAGACCACACGCACGCACACACACGCAAACAUGAGACCACACGCAUGCACACACACGCAAACAUGAGACCACACGCACGCACACACACGCAAAUGUGAGACCACACGCACGCACACACACGCAAACAUGAGACCACACGCACGCACACACACGCAAACGUGAGACCACACGCUCACGCACACACACGCAAACAUGAGACCACACACGCACUAACACACACAGAUACACACACAGAGAGACCUACACUGAGUAUACCAAACAUUAGGAACACCUUCCUAAUAUUGAGUUGCACCCCCUUCAGAACAGACCCAAUUCGUCGGGCCAUGGACUCUACAAGGUGUUGAACGCGUUCCACAGGGAUGCCGGCCAUGUUGACUCCAAUGCUUCCCACAGUUGUGUCAAAUUGUCUGGAUGUCUUUUGGGUGGUGGACCAUUCUUGAUACACACAAGAAACUGUUGAGCGUGAAAACCCAGCAGUGUUGCAGUUCUUGACACAAACCGGUGCGCCUGGCACCUACUACCAUACCCCGUUCAAAGGCACUUAAAUAUUUUGUCUUGCCCAUUCACCCUAUAAUAAUAAUAAUAUAAUACGCCAUUUAGCAGACGCUUUUAUCCAAAGCGACUUACAGUCAUGCGUGCAUACAUUUUUGUGUAUGGGUGGUCCCGGGGAUCAAACCCACUACCUUGGCGUUACAAGUGCCGUGCUCUACCAGCUGAGCUACAGAGGACCACCCUCAAUGGCACACAUACACAAUCCAUGUCUCAAUUGUCUCAAGGCUUAAAAAUCCUGCUUGCUUAAAGCAGGAUUUUUAAGCCUUGAGACAAUUGAGACAUGGAUUGUGUAUGUGUGCCAUUGAGGGUGGUCCUCUGUAGCUCAGCUACAGAGCUUAAAGCAGGAUUUUUAAGCCUUGAGACAAUUGAGACAUGGAUUGUGUAUGUGUGCCAUUGAGGGUGGUCCUCUGUAGCUCAGCUGGUAGAGCACGGCACUUGUAACGCCAAGGUAGUGGGUCUCCUCCCCUUCCCGAGUGGCGUAGCGGUCUAAGGCACAGCAUCUCAGUGCUAGAGGCGUCACUACAGACCCUGGUUCGAUUCCAGGCUGUAUCACAAUCCGGCCGUGAUUGGGAGUCCCAUAGGGCGGCGCAUAAUUGGCCCAGCGUCGUCCGGGUUUGGCCGGGGUAGGCCGUCAUUGUAAAUAAGAAUUUGUUCUUAACUGACUUGCCUAGUUAAAUAAACGUCAAAUAAAAAUCUACACUGAUUGAAGUGGAUUUAACAAGUGACAUCAAUAAGGGAUCAUAGCUUUCACCUGGUCAGUCUAUGUCAUGGAAAGACCAUGUUAAUGUUUUGUACACUCAUUCUCCCAACAAAUAUGGUCUGAGUCCAACAUGCGGCUGUACCAUUUCAUUUCUAGCCAGCGUAUCUCAUCGACACACCGUACCUAUGCAGGGGUCCCUAUAGCUAGCAGCAUAUUACACCCAGAAUUAGAUGAGACUGGUCUGGCCAUCACACCAGGGGCACACAGGAACAUUGGCCAUCACACCAGGGGCACACAGGAACAUUGGCCAUCACACCAGGGGCACACAGGAACAUUGGCCAUCACACCACGGGCACACAGGAACAUUGGCCAUCACACCAGGGGCACACAGGAACAUUGGCCAUCACACCACGGGCACACAGGAACAUUGGCUCCAUCCUUGUUUGCUGAGGGAAGCAUGUAGCUAGUCAAGUCUCCACACUGCUCUGCUACCCAAUCCUCAGCUGUGCCCCAAAUGGCACUCUAUUCCCUAUAUAGUGUAGGGACGCGUCCCUCCACACCUCCGCUCUACGACAUCCUGCUUCCCGGCACCAAGCUGGUACUAAUGGUGUUGUUUUUCCUUUCAUCUCCUCCUCUGCUCCCUCUGAUCUACCACCGUGUAGAGACACUGCCUUACAAACAUUCCCCACAUUGUGCAGGGAUCAUUUCUGAAAGGAAUUGAAAACAGGGAGCUUGGACUGAGCUGUAAUUCAGGAGGUGUACUCAAAAGUGUCUCUUCACACUGAACGACUGAGAACGGUGUCAGUCAGUCACCCAGACACAACCCCAAAUGGCCCAGGUGUCAGUCAGGCACCCAGACACAACCCCACAACCCCCCAGGUGUCAGUCAGGCACCCAGACACAACCCCACAACCCCCCAGGUGUCAGUCAGGCAUCCAGACACAACCCCACAACCCCCCAGGUGUCAGUCAGGCACCCAGACACAACCCCAUAACCCCCCAGGUGUCAGUCAGGCACCCAGACACAACCCCACAACCCCCCAGGUGUCACUCCUUUGAACCACCCUAUUCAUCUCAUCUCCAACGAGACAGGAUAACAUUAGAGUCGUCUCGAAACAGUGGCUUCGUGUUCUCCUUGUUCCCUCUGAGCUACUGCAGCUCUGUAGUUAAAUAGAUUUACAGAUUGUUAACUUCUCAGACCCUGAGGGGGUUGCCAGGCAGCUUCUACACAAGGCUGACAGGGUACCUCUCUCUCUCUCUCUCCAUCACGCUUUCUCUCUUUCAGGCCCUUCUCUAUCUCAAUCUCGCUUUCUCUUUCUCCCUAUCUCUCUCCCUCCUUCUCUUUUUCUCAAUCUCUCUUUUGUUCUCUUUCUCUAUCGCUUUCACUCUCUCAGCCUUCUCAGCAUUGAUCUAAGCCUUGUUCCAUUUGAAAUCCAUCUGUUAUACCUGAGCCUGUUGUAUCUCUCUGUAAAAUCAUUUCACAUUACUCAGCCCAACCCACCCUCACUUAGUGUGUUGUGAAUUCUGUAAUAAAUAUAUUGUAAUGCUUUUAAAAUUGUAUCCCUGCCUUAAUUCUGCCGGACCCCAGGAAGAGUAGCUGCUGCCUUGGCAGGAACUAAUGGGGAUCCAUAAUAAACCCCAGGAAGAGUAGCUGCUGCCUUGGCAGGAACUCAUGGGGAUCCAUAAUAAACCCCAGGAAGAGUAGCUGCUGCCUUGGCAGGAACUCAUGGGGAUCCUUAAUAAAUCCCAGGAAGAGUAGCUGCUGCCUUGGCAGGAACUAAUGGGGAUCCAUAAUAAACCCCAGGAAGAGUAGCUGCUGCCUUGGCAGGAACUAACGGGGAUCCUUAAUAAACCCCAGGAAGAGUAGCUGCUGCCUUGGCAGGAACUAAUGGGGAUCCAUAAUAAACCCCAGGAAGAGUAGCUGCUGCCUUGGCAGGAACUAAUGGGGAUCCAUAAUAAACCCCAGGAAGAGUAGCUGCUGCCUUGGCAGGAACUAAUGGGGAUCCAUAAUAAACCCCAGGAAGAGUAGCUGCUGCCUUGGCAGCUACUCUUCCAUAGCUCUUGACAGCCAAUCCUGGACAUUGUAUAAAUCCAUGUCCGAGAUCCCUACAACAAUGGCUGCACUAUCGUUCUACUCUUACCUAGAUGCUAGCCGUCUCUCUCAACACUCUUGUAAACAGCUUUUAAGUACUUAUAUCUGACUGUUAUUAAGCUGGAUCUGAGUGGAUGCUAUGGGGAUGGAGUACGGGAGUUGUGAAAGGGGCAGUGAUGAUUUCAUGGAAAGUACAAAUACUGUACUUAGCAUUGACAUACAGUAUCCGUUCAUAUCAAUUCAUUCUUGAUUUAAAGUGCAUUUAAAUCACCCAAAACGCUUACAGUAAGAUAGACACAGUCUUUAUUAAAGAGGAUCCUAUAGAUGCUCCAAUCUAAGCAAUAUAUAUACAGUGCAUUCGGAAAGUAUUCAGACCCCUUGACUUUUUCCACAUUUUGUUACGUUACAGCCUUAUUCUAAAAUGUAUACAAUUCUUUCUUUCCCUCAUCAAUCUACACACAAUACCCAAUAAUGACAAAGCAAAAACAGGUUUUUAGAAAUGUUUGCAAAUGUUUUUUUUUUUUUAAUAAAACGGAAAUAUCACAUUUACAUAAGUAUUCAGACCCUUUACUCAGUACUUUGUUGAAGCAUCUUUAGUCUUCUUGGGUAUGACGCUACAAGCUUGGCACAGCUGUAUUUGGGGAGUUUCUCCCAUUCUUCUCUGCAGAUCCUCUCAAGUUCUGUCAGGUUGGAUGGGAAGCGUCGCUGCACAGCUAUUUUCAGGUCUCUCCAGAGAUGUUUGAUCGGGUUUAAGUCCGGGCUCUGGCCACUCAAAGAUAUUCAGAGACUUGUCCCGAAGCCACUCCUGCGUUGUCUUGGCUAUGUGCUUAGGGUCGUAGUCCUGUUGGAAGGUGAACCUUCGCCCCCAGUCUGGAGCAGGUUUCAUCAAGGAUCUCUCUGUACUUUGCUCCAUUCAUCUUUCCCUCAAUACUGACUAGUCUCCCAAUUCCUGCCGCUGAAAAACAUCCCCACAACAUGAUGCUGCCACCACCAUGCUUCACCGUAGGGAUGGUGCUAGGUUUCCUCCAGACAUGACGCUUGGCAUUCAAGCCAAAGAGUUCAAUCUUGGUUUCAUCAGACCAGAGAAUGUUUUUUAUCAUGGUCUGAGAGUCCUUUAGGUGCCUUUUGGCAAAGUCCAAGCGGGCUGUCAUGUGCCUUUUACUGAGGAGUGGCUUCCUUCUGGCCACUACCAUAAAGGCCUGAUUUAAUGGAGUGCUGCAGAGAUGGUUGUCCUUCUGGAAGGUUCUUCAAUCUCCACAAAGGAACUCUGGAGCUCUGUCAGAGUGACCAUCGGGUUCUUGGUGACCUCCCUGACCAAGGUCCUUCUCCCCCGAAUGCUCAGUUUGGCCGAGUGGCCAGCUCUAGGAAGAGUUUUGGUGGUUCCAAACUUCUUCCAUUUACGAAUGAUGGAGGCCACUGUGUUCUUGGGGACCUUCAAUGCUGCAGAAUGUUUUUGUACCCUUCCCCAGAUCUGUGCCUUAACACAAUCCUGUCUCGCAGCUCUAGGGACAAUUCCUUUGACCUCGUGGCUUGGUUUUUGCUCUGACAUGCACUGUCAACUGUGGGACCUUAUAUAGACAGGUGUGUGCCUUUCCAAAUCUUGUCCAAUCAAUUGAAUUUACCACAGGUGGACUCCAAUCAAGUUGUAGAAACAUCUCAAGGAUGAUCAAUGGAAACAGGAUGCACCUGAGCUCAAUUUCGAGUCUCAUAGCAAAGGGUAUUUCUGUUUUUUAUUUUCAUAAAUUUGGAAAAAUUUAUAAAACCUGUUUUCACUUUGUCAUUAUGGGGUAUUGUGUGUAGAUUGACUAAGAAAAAAUUGUUUUAAUCAAUUUUAGAAUAAUGCUGUAAUGUAACAAAAUGUGUAAAAAGGAAGGGGUCUGAAUACUUUAGAAUGCUCUGUUAUUGUAAUAUACACUAAGUAUACCAAACAUUAGGAACACCUUCCUAAUAUUGAGUGGUAAACCGGUGCGCCUGACACCUACUACCGUACCCCAUUCAAAGGCACUUCAAUAUUUUGUCUGGCCCAUUCACCCUCUGAAUGGUACACAUACACAAUCCAUGUCUCAGUUGUCUCAAGGAUAAAAAAUCCUUCCUCAACCUGUCUCCUCCCCUUCAUUUACACUGAUUGAAGUGGAUUGAACAAGUGACAUCAAUAAGGGAUCAUAGCUUUCACCUAGUCAGUGUGUGUCAUGGAAAGUGUUCUUAAUGUUUUGUAUACUCAGUGUACUAGUACGUGAUGAAACAACUUCACAAGUAUUUUUGAAUUAUCACAUAAUACCAAUCAUUCAAUCAAACUCUAUCUGCCCCUUCUCUCUCUCUCCAGCGGUGCAGUGUGGGAACCCGGGGUCCCCCAGUAACGGCCGUGUGUCCCGGCUUGACGGCACCACCUACUCUCACUCCGUCACCUACUCCUGUAUGGACGGCUACCUGCUGACAGGCUCCACCACACGUCAGUGUCUAGCCAAUGCCACCUGGUCUGGCACUGCCCCCAACUGCACCAGUAAGUCUUCAUAAACCAACCUCACUGCCCCCAACUGCCCCAGUAAGUCUUCAUAAACCAACCUCACUGCACCCAACUGCACCAGAAAGUCUUCAUAAACCAACCUCACUGCCCCCAACUGCACCAGUAAGUCUUCAUAAACCAACCUCACUUCACCGAACUGCACCAGUAAGUCUUCAUAAACUAACCUCACUUCACCGAACUACACCAGAAAGUCUUCAUAAACCAACCUCACUGCCCCCAACUGCACCAGUAAGUCUUCAUAAACCAACCUCACUUCACCGAACUGCACCAGUAAGUCUUCAUAAACCAACCUCACUUCACCGAACUACACCAGUAAGUCUUCAUAAACUAACCUCGCUGCACCCAACUGCACCAGUAAGUCUUCAUAAACCAACCUCGCUGCACCCAACUGCACCAGUAAGUCUUCAUAAACCAACCUCGCUGCACCUAGCUGCACCAGUAAGUCUUCAAAAACCAACCUCACUGCUCCCAACUGCACCAGUAAGUCUUCAUAAACCAACCUCACUGCACCCAACUGCACCAGUAAGUCUUCAUCAACCAACCUCAUUGCCCCAACUGCACCAGUAAGUCUUCAUAAACCAACCUCACUGCCCCCAACUGCACCAGUAAGUCUUCAUAAACCAACCUCACUGCCCCCAACUGCACCAGUAAGUCUUCAUAAACCAACCUCACUGCCCCCAACUGCACCAGUAAGUCUUCAUCAACCAACCUCACUGCCCCCAACUGCACCAGUAAGUCUUCAUAAACCAACCUCACUGCUCCCAACUGCACCAGUAAGUCUUCAUAAACCAACCUCACUGCCCCCAACUGCACCAGUAAGUCUUCAUAAACCAACCUCACUGCCCCCAACUGCACCAGUAAGCCUUCAUAAACCAACCUCACUGCCCCCAACUGCACCAGUAAGUCUUCAUAAACCAACCUCACUGCACCCAACUGCACCAGUAAGUCUUCAUCAACCAACCUCAUUGCCCCAACUGCACCAGUAAGUCUUCAUAAACCAACCUCACUGCCCCCAACUGCACCAGUAAGUCUUCAUAAACCAACCUCACUGCCCCCAACUGCACCAGUAAGUCUUCAUAAACCAACCUCACUGCCCCCAACUGCACCAGUAAGUCUUCAUCAACCAACCUCACUGCCCCCAACUGCACCAGUAAGUCUUCAUAAACCAACCUCACUGCCCCCAACUGCACCAGUAAGUCUUCAUAAACCAACCUCACUGCCCCCAACUGCACCAGUAAGCCUUCAUAAACCAACCUCACUGCCCCCAACUGCACCAGUAAGUCUUCAUAAACCAACCUCACUGCACCCAACUGCACCAGUAAGUCUUCAUCAACCAACCUCAUUGCCCCAACUGCACCAGUAAGUCUUCAUAAACCAACCUCACUGCCCCCAACUGCACCAGUAAGUCUUCAUAAACCAACCUCACUGCCCCCAACUGCACCAGUAAGUCUUCAUAAACCAACCUCACUGCCCCCAACUGCACCAGUAAGUCUUCAUAAACCAACCUCACUGCCCCCAACUGCACCAGUAAGUCUUCAUAAACCAACCUCACUGCCCCCAACUGCACCAGUAAGUCUUCAUCAACCAACCUCACUGCCCCCAACUGCACCAGUAAGUCUUCAUAAACCAACCUCACUGCUCCCAACUGCACCAGUAAGUCUUCAUAAACCAACCUCACUGCCCCCAACUGCACCAGUAAGUCUUCAUAAACCAACCUCACUGCCCCCAACUGCACCAGUAAGCCUUCAUAAACCAACCUCACUGCCCCCAACUGCACCAGUAAGUCUUCAUAAACCAACCUCACUGCCCCCAACUGCACCAGUAAGCCUUCAUAAACCAACCUCGCUGCACCCAACUGCACCAGUAAGUCUUCAUAAACUAACCUCACUGCCCCCAACUGCACCAGUAAGUCUUCAUAAACCAACCUCACUGCCCCCAACUGCACCAGUAAGUCUUCAUAAACCAACCUCACUGCCCCCAACUGCACCAGUAAGUGGGAUCAGGAACCUACCUCAUUUCUGGGCCCGUAUUCAUAAAGCAUCUCAUAGUAGGAGUGCUGAUCUAGGAUCAGAUCCCCCCUGUCCAUGUCAUCUCAUUCAUUAUGACCUCAAAGGCAAAACUCAUCCUAGAUCAGCAAAUGUAUAAAUGAGGGCCCUGGACUUACCCGUUGUGCUAAUGAACAGGGACGUUUGAAAAUUCCUACUGAUAACACCAUAAGAUUUUUUUGACGAUUUUAGUAUAGAUAGAGUAGAUAUCACUUAGCUAAAUGUAAGCAGAUGUAUUUCUAUGUUCGAUUAUGGUCUUUCGUUUUCAUAUCUGUGACCUAAAUUGAUAUGUGAUACAACGUCAUAGAUGGGGGAUGGGUUAAAUUAGUGGGCUGAGGCUAAAGACAGGCUGUGUUGACCAGGACCCAUAGGGCUGUGGUCAAAAGUAGUGUACUAUAUAGGGAAUAGCGUGCCAUUUGGAACUCUUCCAGAAUCUUUAAUCUCGCAUCCUCUUGUCAUGACAUUUCAAGACGUUGCUCCUCUCAUCUAAGAAGGGCGGGUUGUUUUAUAACUGGAAUUGUCCAGGCAGUGUGAGACAAGGAUCCAAGAGGAGAGACUCUUUAAGGUAGCCUUCUGGUUAAAGAUUGAGACAGAGAGAGAAGGGGUCUCACACAUACACACAAAGGCAUAUACAGACGCACACAGACACACGCACACGAACAGUGACUGGUGGGUUGAGACAGAGAGAGGAGAGGUCAGAAGAGCCCUUUGCCCCUGCUCCAGCAAGAUAAGGAAAUCAAUCCCUCUGUGCCUCUCUGUUACCUUGUGUAUAUUACCAUACCCUCCUCAGCUCUUCCCUCUUCUUCAGCUCCUUCUCAGUUGAGAAGACAACGCCAGGGAGUCAAUCUGAUUUAAAUCUAGGCCCAGGGAGAGGGAGAGGGAGAGGGAGAGGGAGGGAGAGGGAGAGGGAGAGGGAGAGGGAGAGGGAGCGAGCGAGAGAGAGAGAGAUUAGCAGGUAAUGUUCUGAGAACCAUAUGUUUCUUAGAGCUUGAUGAGUGUGGUUGUCCUAAGGAUAUUUUGCAUAUAACUUUCUGGGAAAGGUGCAGUAUAGUUGCUUGGCUUUGGAACAUUCUCAGCACAUUUAAGGAUUUUGACCCAAAAAAAAAAUUCUUGGUAUUUCAUUACAGAAUGUUUCCUGAAAGUUCAAACAUGGUUACAUUUCAUUUCAAUUUUGGUAAUGUUCUAAGAAUGUUCUCCAAUUGGUUUGACAUUGGGAAUGUUCACAAGUAGUUCAGAGAAUGUUAAGAAACAAUGUUGUUCUGUGGGAAUGUCAGUACUUCAGCAUAAUGUUUCCUGCAGGUUUCCUCAUGGUUCUAAAGUCAUAUUUUCAAGUUGUUCUGAGAACAUUAAUACAACUUUCCAUAAAAACCACAAGAAAACUGUAGUAACGUUCAGAGAACGUUCUAAGAAUGUUGUUUAAAAACAUAUACAUUCCGAUCUCAGCAUCAGCAAAACUCUGUCUAUUCUCUAUCUUGUUAAGUGUGUUGGCCGCGCCCAAUAAUUGGCCACACCUGACCUUAAUGAGUGCUUGUUCCUUUUGAAAUGAGGUCUGUUUGAAUAGAUUAAAAUGAACAGCUUUGUAUGAGUUAAAAAAAACAUGGCAUGCUAGCUCCAUCCUGGUGGCGCAGUGGACUAAUUCCAUGGAUAGAGAACAGAUUAUAGAUUUGAAUCUUUAAGGAAGUUAUUUAAAAGCUCCAAAUAACCUAUCAUUUCCGUUCUCAGAGCGUUCAAUGAACCAGAGUAAAACGUUCUCAGAACCUCCCUGCAACCUAAAAAUAAACGUUCCCAGAACAGUCAGAAUGUUCGCUUCUCUUCUCAGAAUGUUAAAAAACCUUCAGUUUUACCGGUCAGGAAAUGUAUGGGUUCGUUCCCACAACCAAUGUGAAAUGAAAAACAUAUAUAUAUAUUUUUUUUUUUGUCAUUUAGCAGACGCUCUUAUCCAGAGCGACUUACAUAAUUUGUUUAUUUUUCAUACUGGCCCCCCGUGGGAAUAUGUUCCCACCACUUCCAAGGAACCAAAUGUGCUAGCUGGGAGAGAAAGAGACAGAGACAGAGAGACAGAGAGACUUACUCCACUUCAGGUAGAUAAUUCCUCUCUACCUCACCUGGUAUUUCAGAUUCAGUUCAUUCAGAAAUGGACUGCCAGAUCUAUAAACUACUGCCUGCCUGUCUCCACAUCACCACUAGACAGAAGUUAUAGACCACACUCGUUCCUCCAGGCCAGGUUCAUUGCCUUUGAUCGUAUGCCUCUUCGUGCCCAAAUAUGCUUAAACAGGCCGAAUGCUUUGCCUGCAGCGUUUCAGAGAGACCUUGGUGUGUGUCACAAAUGACACCCUAUUACCUAUAUAGUCUCAGGUCUCUGCUCAAAAGUAGUGCACUACAUAGGGAAUAGGGUGUCAUUUGGGACGCAUCCCUUGCCUGUGGCAUGUUUAACUAGUACUGAUUGAUGCGUCUUUACAUGUGUUUAUUGAGCAGGCUGAGAAGGGUGAUGCAUGGUUUCUAUCCAGGGGUGGAUAUACAUUAGCAUUUUGGUCGAGACAUUUUCCAUGCCACCUAGAUAUGUUUACGAGCUUAACCCUCCGAUGAUUGAUUCCCGAAGUGUCGUUCUCACGUUUUUUCCCUAAAAGACACAACAUGUAUGGAAAACUGGAAUUCCAGUACUUCUGGGGUUUGUAGUUGUCAGUCGCGGUGAUCACAGAACUACUAACGUGUUUCCUUUUCAUCUGAAUUCCCAGGUAGACUGUAAACAUUCUAUUUUCUGCUCUCUACUUUCCACCCCUUCCUCCACAGAACGGAAAGGAAUUAUAGUUGUAAGAGAUUGACAGAAUUGAUUAUGGAAGUUAAACCCAGGAGACCCCCGUAUGAGAACACAGCUCACAGCUAUUGAUUUCCCCCGUGAUAGUGAGAUCUAUCAUUUUGUAAUAUAUGAGGCGAGGGGGGUAUCUCGCCCAGUGGAGAUAUCUCUGGGUAGUUUCAGAUUAUUUGUAGAUCAGGUUUCCCACCGAUUGUUGUCACAGCCCCAGUCACAUCUCACGCCAGACCCACAAUGGGGCCUAAAUUGCACUUCAACCGCCGUCAUAGAUCUCCACCUCUACCACACAAAAGAGCCAGAAAACCAACUAAGUGUCCGGACUGGGGAUGGCUUCUUUGUUAUGUGUGUACAGAGAGGGAAAAAAGUAUUUGAUCCCCUGCUGAUUUUGUACGUUUGCCCACUGACAAAGACAUGAUCAGUCUAUAAUUUUAAUGGUAGGUUUAUUUGAACAGUGAGAGACAAAAUAACAACAAAAAAAUCCAGAAAAACGCAAAAAAUUUAUCAAUUGAUUUGCAUUUUAAUGAGGGAAAUAAGUAUUUGACCCCCUCUGCAAAACAUGACUUAGUACUUGGUGGUAAAACCCUUGUUGGCAAUCACAGAGGUCAGACGUUUCUUGUAGUUGGCCACCAGGUUUGCACACAUCUCAGGAGGGAUUUUGUCCCACUCCUCUUUGCAGAUCUUCUCCAAGUCAUUAAGGUUUCGAGCCUGACGUUUGGCAACUCGAACCUUCAGCUCCCUCCACAGAUUUUCUUUGGGAUUAAGGUCUGGAGACUGGCUAGGCCACUCCAGGACCUUAAUGUGCUUCUUCUUGAGCCACUCCUUUGUUGCCUUGGCCGUGUGUUUUGGGUCAUUGUCAUGCUGGAAUACCCAUCCACAACCCAUUUUCAAUGCCCUGGCUGAGGGAAGGAGGUUCUCACCCAAGAUUUGACGGUACAUGGCCCCGUUUAUCGUCCCUUUGAUGCGGUGAAGUUGUCCUGUCCCCUUAGCAGAAAAACACCCGCAAAGCAUGAUGUUUCCACCUCCAUGUUUGACGGUGGGGAUGGUGUUCUUGGGGUCAUAGGCAGCAUUCCUCCUCCUCCAAACACGGCGAGUUGAGUUGAUGCCAAAGAGCUCAAUUUUGGUCUCAUCUGACCACAACACUUUUACCCAGUUCUCCUCUGAAUCAUUCAGAUGUUCAUUGGCAAACUUCAGACGGGCCUGUAUAUGUGCUUUCUUGAGCAGGGGGACCUUGCGGGCGCUGCAGGAUUUCAGUCCUUCACGGCGUAGUGUGUUACCAAUUGUUUUCUUGGUGACUAUGGUCCCAGCUGCCUUGAGAUCAUUGACAAGAUCCUCCCGUGUAGUUCUGGGCUGAUUCCUCACCGUUCUCAUGAUCAUUGCAACUCCACAAGUUGAGAUCUUGCAUGGAGCCCCAGGCCGAGGGAGAUUGACAGUUCUUUUGUGUUUCUUCCAUUUGCGAAUAAUCGCACCAACUGUUGUCACCUUCUCACCAAGCUGCUUGGCGAUGGUCUUGUAGCCCAUUCCAGCCUUGUGUAGGUCUACAAACUUGUCCCUGACAUCCUUGGAGAGCUCUUUGGUCUUGGCCAUGGUGGAGAGUUUGGAAUCUGAUUGAUUGAUUGCUUCUGUGGAAAGGUGUCUUUUAUACAGGUAACAAGCUGAGAUUAGGAGCACUCCUAAUCUCAGCUCGUUACCUGUAUAAAAGACACCUGGGAGCCAGAAAUCUUUCUGAUUGAGAGGGGGUCAAAUACUUAUUUCCCUCAUUAAAAUGCAAAUCAAUUUAUAACAUUUUUGACAUGCGUUUUUCUGGAUUUUUUUGUUGUUAUUCUGUCUCUCACUGUUCAAAUAAACCUACCAUUAAAAUUAUAGACUGAUCAUUUCUUUGUCAGUGGGCAAACGUACAAAAUCAGCAGGGGAUCAAAUACUUUUUUUCCCUCACUGUAUUUGUUUGUUGUAACAGAGUACACUGUGUCACUGAGUCACUAUUUUGGCCCCUUCCUUCCGAAGGAAGGAAGGAGGCAGAAGGAAUGACGUCGGAAGGAAGCGAGCUCUAAGGAAGGAAGGAAGGACAGGAGGACCUUCCUCUUCGACGUCCUUCCUACCUCUCCUUCCUUCCCCUCCCUCCCUCCCUCCCUCCUCCUCCUCCGUCCUUCACUUCCCUCCCACUGGCCCUCCCUCCCUUCACCUCCCUCCCUCCUCCCUUCCCUUCCUUUAUUCUCGCCCUUAAUCACAGUGAUCAACUGUGGCGACCCUGGGGUUCCAGCCAAUGGGAUGAGGUAUGGAGAGGACUUUGAUAUUGGUCAGAACAUCACAUUCCUGUGUGCGCCGGGAUACACCAUGGAGGCCGACAGCUCGGCCAUACGCACCUGCACCUCCAACGGCACCUGGAGUGGCAUCAUGGCAUCCUGCCAAGGUGAGACCUAGCAACACAUGUAUAGCAUGAUGUACUUCAUUACCUAUAAUACUCUGUGGAACAUAUCUAAUAACAUUUUGGCAUCAUGGCAUCUUUCAAAGGUAGGGUCCAGCAACACUUAUGAGCCUUUGUUUGGUUGGUUUGUUCCCCUGACUACUUCAUUUUGAGUGUUUGAAUAUGUGUAUCUACACUUUAGAAUAGAUUUCAAUGAGCCAAGUCUUAGGGAGUAACUAAUCAAUGUUCCCAUUGUCCAAAAAAGAGAUGUCUUGGCUUGUCUUCCCUAUGGAAUCACCACCAGUUUCAAUACAGAUUGUUAUAGCUUAUUCACAGUAACACUGCACACCUCCUGCUUUCCACACUGUUGCCCUUAGCAACAGUAGCCCAUAUAUCAUUGUGUCCUGUUAGCUGUCACAGUGAUAAAAGGGUUUAAAUAAAGCAUAGCAGUGUGCUUUGGUUUGUUAUUGUAGGACCAACAUCCUGUUUUGUUGUUGUUGUUGUUGUUGUUAUUGUUAGGCAGAAAAGGUUUAUCUUCUUCAUAAAAAGCUUUCUCAACAUGCAUAAAAUGCAGCUUCUUACGAUAAUCUUGGACCAAUUACAAUCAACACAGAUAUCUCCAUCCAUUUGUACAGGUUUUAGUUUCAUCUCUUGGCUGUGUGAAAGUGUGUUGUUGUCCAUUCAUAUGGAACAGCUGCAGAGUGAUAUCUUGGUAGAUGGCGCCGGAGGAGAUGGCUGACGUUUUACGGGCUCCUAACCAAUUGUGUGUUUUUUCGCGUUAUUUGUAACUUAUUUUGUACAUAAUGUUUCUGCCACUGUCUCUUAUGACCGAAAAGAGCUUCUGGAUAUCAGGACAGCGAUUAUAUACCUCGUAAUGGACGAAGAUUGAUUCUUUAGCGAGUCGGACGCGAAGGAUUUACUUCAGACACCCGACAAGGCCCAAAUCCCAUUCAUUCGCAGGAGAAAGAGACGGAGAUAUCGGGGACGUAGGUCGGGGUGCCUUGUAAGGAUCCGAUGGCGAGUGGAUAAUCUGACUCUACCAUCAGUCCUAUUAGCCAACGUACAAUCAUUGGAUAACAAAAUGGACGAGCUAAGAUCACGAAUAUCCUACCAACAGAACAUUAAAAACUGUAAUAUCUUAUGUUUCAACAAGUCAUGGCUGAACGACGACAUGGAUAACAUACAGGGUUUAUGCUGCAUCGGUAAGAUAGAACAGCCGCCUCCGGUAAGACAAGGGGUGGUGGUCUGUGUAUAUUUGUAAACAAUAGCUGGUGCACAAAAUCUAAUAUUAAGGAAGUCUCUAGGUAUCUCAUGAGAAGCUGUAGACCACACUAUUUACCAAGAGAGGUUUCAUCUGUAUUUACCACCACAAACCGAUGAUGGCACUAAGACCGCACUCAAUGAGCUGUAUAAGGCCAUAAGCAAAAUGCUCAUCCAGAGGCGGCGCUCCUAGUGGCCAGGAAUUUAAUGCAGGGAAACUUAAAUAUGUUUUACCUAAUGUUAAAUGUGCAACCAGAGGAAAAAAAACUCUAGACCAACUUUACUCCACAAACAGAGACGUGUACAAAGCUCUCCCUCACCCUCCAUUUGGCAAAUCUGACCAUAAUUAUAUCCUCCUGAUUCCUGCUUACAAGCAAAAACUAAAGCAGGAAGCACCAGUGACUCGGUCAAUAAAGAAGUGGUCAGAUGACGCAGAUGCUAAGCUACAGGACUGUUUUGCUAGCACAGACUGGAAUAUGUUCCGGGACUCUUCCAUUGGCAUUGAGGAGUACACCACAUCAGUCACUGGCUUCAUCAAUAAGUGCAUUGAUGACGUCGUCCCCACAGUGACCGUACGUACAUACCCCAACCAGAAGCCAUGGAAUACAGGCAACAUCCGCAAUGAGCUAAAGGGUAGAGCUGCCGCUUUCAAGGAGCGGGACUCUAACCCGGACGCUUAUAAGAAAUCCCGCUAUGCCCUCUGACGAACCAUCAAACAGGCAAAGCGUCAAUACAGGACCAAGAUUAAAUCAUCCUACACUGGCUCCGACGCUCGUCGGAUGUGGCAGGGCUUGAAAACUAUUACAGACUACAAAGGGAAGCACAGCCGCGAACUGCCCAGUGACACGAGCCUACCAGAUGAGCUAAAUUACUUCUAUGCUCGCUUCGAGGCAAGCAACACUGAAGCAUGCAUGAGAGCAUCAGCUGUUCAGGACAACUGUGUGAUCACGCUCUACGGAGCCGAUGUGAGUAAGACCUUUAAACAGGUCACCAUUUACAAAGACGGAUUACCAGGACGUGUACUGCGAGCAUGCACUGACCAACUUGCAAGUGUCUUCACUGAUAUUUUCAACCUGUCCCUGACUGAGUCUGUAAUCCCAACAUGUUUCAAGCAGACCACCAUAGUCCCUGUGUCCAAGAACACUUAGGUAACCUGCCUAAAUGACUACAGACCCAUAGCACUCACAUCUUUAGCCAUGAAGUGCUUUACAUUUACAUUUUACAUUUUAGUCAUUUAGCAGACGCUCUUAUCCAGAGCGACUUACAGGAGCAAUUAGGGUUAAGUGCCUUGCUCAAGGGCACAUUUACGUCAUUUAGCAGACGACGCUUUGAAAGGCUUGUCAUGGCUCACAUCAACACCAUUAUCCCAGAAACCCUAGACCCACUCCAAUUUGCAUACCACCCCAACAGAUCACCAGAUGAUGCAAUCUCUAUUGCACUCCACACUGCCAUUUCCCACCUGGACAAAAGGAACACCUACGUGAGAAUGCGAUUCAUUGACUACAGCUCAGCGUUCAACACCAUAGUGCCUUCAAAGCUCAUCACUAAGCUAAGAACCCUGGGACUAAACACCUCCCUUUGCAACUGGAUCCUGGACUUCCUGACGGGCCGCCCCCAGGUGGUAAGGGUAGGUAACAACACAUCUGCCAUGGUGAUCCUCAACACGGGGGCCCCUCAGGGGUGCGUGCUCAGUCCCCUCCUGUACUCCCUGUUCACCCAUGACUGCAUGGACAGACACGACUCCAACACCAUCAUUAAGUUUGCCGAUGACACCGACAACAAUGAGACAGCCUAUAGCAGGGUUCUUCAAUUCCGGUCCUGGAGGGCCGAAACACCUCUGUUUUUCAUCCUCUCCUUCUAAUCAGGGGCUAAUUCAGUUAAGUUUUUCGGCCCUCCAGGACCGGAAUUGAAGAACCCUGGCCUAUAGGGAGGAGGUCAGAGACCUGGCCGUGUGGUGCCAGGAUAACAAACUCUCCCUCAACGUGAUCAAGACAAAGGAGAUGAUUGUGGACUACAGGAAAAGGAGGACCGAGCACGCCCCCAUUCUCAUCGACGGGGCUAAAGUGGAACAGGUUGAGAGCUUCAAGUUCCUUGGUGUCCACAUCACCAACAAACUAUCAUGGUCCAAACACACCAAGACAGUCGUGAAGAGGGCAUGACAAAGCCUAUUCCCCCUCAGGAGACUGAAAAGAUUUGGCAUGGGUCCUCAGAUCCUCAAAAAAUUAUACAGCUGCACCAUCGAGAGCAUCCUGACUGGUUGCAUCACCGCCUUGUAUGGCAACUGCUUGGCCUCCGACCGCAAGGCACUACAGAGGGUAGUGCGUAUGGCCCAGUACAUCACUGGGGCCAAGCUUCCUGCCAUCCAGGACCUCUAUACCAGGUGGUGUCAGAGGAAGGCCCUAAAAAUUGUCAAAGACUCCAGCCACCCUAGUCAUAGACUGUUCUCUCUGCUACCGCACGGCAAGCGGUACCGGAGCGCCAAGUCUAGGUCCAAAAGGCUUCUUAACAGUUUCUACCCCCAAGCCAUAAGACUCCUGAACAGCUAAUCAAUUAGCUACCCAGAUUAUUUGCAUUGCCCCCCCCCCCCCCCCCCCCCCCCCCUUACGCUGCUGCUACUCUCUGUUUAUUAUCUAUGCAUAGUCACUUUAACUCUACCUAUAUGUACAUAUUAUCUCAAUUACCUCGACUAACCUGUGCCCCCGCACAUUGACUCUGUACCGGUACCCCCUGUAUAUAGCUUCGCUACUGUUAUUUUACUGCUGCUCUUUAAAUAUUUGUUAUUUCUUUUUAUUUCUUUUUUUUUUUUACUUAUCAAUUUUUUACGUAACACUUAUUUUUCUUAAAACUGCAUUGUUGGUUAAGGGCUUGUAAGUAAGCAUUUCACUGUAAGGUCUACACGUUGUAUUCGGCGGAUGUGACAAAUAAAAUUUGAUUUGAUUUUGGUGCCAUACAUUCUUAUGAUGCACAGGUUGGAUGUUGGUGAUUGGAUGGAAAGUAGCCUAAUGGAGGUGGAUGGGUGAAAGUCUAACAUUGCCUUUUUUUUUUACAGAAAAUUGCGUGUGCAUGCAUGCGUGCAGCUGUAUUGUGUACUGUGUGUAUGUGACAACUUCCUGUGGAAUGGAUGAUCUGUCACAGGAAGCUGUAGAAGUUCUACACUACUGUUGUGACGCUGGAGUUGUGAAACUACUGCUUAAACGUAUUAUUCAUUAGGUUAGUACAAGCCAAGCUGGUCCACUCUCAAUGGAGGGGCUACCAAGCGUGUCCGAAACUAAUUCAGAAUAUUAAUACAACAUUUGGGAUUUUAUUACACGUUUGUUGCCUUUAUUACUAUAGCACAGAGAUGGCAGUAAGAGCAGCCAAUCAUCAAAAAGCUCCAUUGAGCUGGACUAAUGUGUUUGUUUGUUUUCAUAGUCAGCUGAUUCAUUUCAUUGGGAGGGAAUCACUACCCUCCCAAUCAAAGGGUUCUGGUCAAAUGUAAUGGACUACAUAGGGAAUAUGGUGCCAAUCGGCCUUGGUCAAAAGAAGGGCACUAUGUAGGGAAUCGGGUGCCAAUGGGUUCUGGUCGAAAGAAGGGCACUAUGUAGUAUAAGGAAUAGGCCUAGUAUCCACAGUGCUGUUACUGCCCAAACCAACCCCAUCUUUUGGAAAGGCUAUCCAUAGUGAGAUGACUGUAUCCAAGGUGGUAGGCUUUCCAAAAUAGUGCCUGUUUCUGCCCAAACCAACCCUCUUAGAACAGUCUUCUAUAAAGCCUGUUUCUGCCCAAACCAACCCUCACAGAAUUGUCUUCUAUAAAGCCUGUUUCUGCCCAAACCAACCCUCACAGAAUUGUCUUCUAUAAAGCCUGUUUCUGCCCAAACCAACCCUCACAGAAUUGUCUUCUAUAAAGCCUGUUUCUGCCCAAACCAACCCUCACAUAACUGUCUUCUAGAAAGCUCUAUCUGCUGUUACUGUAAUUUGGUGAGAGGAGUGUAUCCACCAUGCAAUUUUUUGGAAAGCCUACGAUUUCUGCUGUUACUUACUGUAGUUCAGUGAGAGGAGGAGUAUGCUGUAUCCACAUCGUAGUUGGGAGAACUCAGUGUGAAAAACAGACACGGAAGAGAAAGAGAGAGAGACGCACUCUACAGAGCGCAACAUGAGUCAUCCAGCCUGGCCCUCUCACCUACUCAAGCGUGGCGUAGGCUGUGGCACACAGACAAACAAACAGUCCCUUUGACUCUCUCUGCCGUAGUGCACUAUAUAGGGAGUAGUGUGCUAUUUGGGACUCAGUUAUCAUCACACCCAGAGCUUAGAGCUCUGAGAGAAAGCCAUUAGCUCUGUUUCAGUUAGACAGCUGGUAGUAAAUGUCCACUAAGGAUGGCAAAUUUACAAAUAUUCCUUCGGCCUCAUUACCUAAGAUUAUGAACAUGUGUUGUUUUAGUUGUUAGCCCGGCUUUGGCCAUUUCCCAAAGGUUUCUUGUGUGUUCGCUGUUUGCCUUUAUGCCAUGAAUGGAAUCAUAAAGUAUGAUUCAUGCCUAGUAGUCCCCUGUAGCUCAGUUGGUAGAGCAUGAUGCUUGCAAUGCCAGGGUUGUGGGUUCGUUUCCCACGGGGGGGCAGUAUGAAAAUGUAUGCACUCACUAACUGUGAGUCGCUCUGGAUAAGAGCGUCUGCUAAAUGACUAAAAAGUACAAAAAAAGUACAAUUGAUUCAGGAUAACCCUACAGAGAUAACGAGGGUUAAGUAAAGUAUGAUUCUUGCCUAAUUGAUUCAUAAUAUCCCUACAGUGAUAAAGAGGGUUAAGUAAAGAAUGAUUCUUGCCUAAUUGAUUGCUGAUAUCCCUACAGUGAUAAAGAGGGUUAAGUAAAGUAUGAUUCAUGCCUAAUUGAUUAAUGAUAUCCCUACAGGGAUAAAGAGGGUUAAGUAAGUGAGUAAUUCAGCAUUGAUUAAAGUAUUACUCCCUCUCCUUAGAGUAAACAACCGCUCCACGGGUGCCGGAUAUACGCAACGCACACGAGCCGAGGCCCCCGAACGACCGAGCGCGAAGAGAGAGGCGAAAGAGGAACGAGACGAAGCGAGAAAGAGCUCGAGAGAUGAGAGCAGAGGCGAGACGACGAGAGAAGAGAAAGACUAGACGAGAGCUCGCAGACAUCUAGCGCAGACGCCGAGGAAGCACCAGCUCAUGCAAGAGACUUCCUCCCAUCGGGGCGGCGCAGGCCUACGUAUGACUCCCGCUCUCCUUCCCCAUCUCCUUCUUCCUCACCUCUCACUCCUCUCUCUCCUCCUCUUUCUCCCUGUCCUCUCUCCCACUACACCCAAACCCUAUUUCUCACCUCUCUCCCCUCUUCUCCCCUCUUCUCCCCCCUCUCCCCCCAUAGCGGUGACCUGCGCGGCGCCCUCUGCCAUCUCCAACGGAGUCCUGGAGGGUACAGACUUUGAGUGGGGCACCAGCGUGAGCUACAGUUGCUCCCCAGGGUACGAGCUGUCAUUCCCUGCCAUCCUCACCUGCGUGGGCAACGGCACCUGGAACGGAAUGGUGCCUCAGUGCCUACGUGAGUAACACCUCUCAUCUUCUCUCCUGUUAUUUUGUUUUCUGUUGUUUUGUGCCUCUCUCUCUCUCUCUCUCUCUCUCUCUCUCUCUCUCUCUCUCUCUCUCUCUCUCUCUCUCUCUCUGUCUCUGUCUCUGUCUCUGUCUCUGUCUCUCUCUCUCUCUCUCUCUCUCUCUCUCUCUCUCUCUGUCUCUGUCUCUGUCUCUCUCUGUCUCUGUCUCUGUCUCUGUCUCUGUCUCUGUCUCUGUCUCUGUCUCUGUCUCUGUCUCUCUCUCUCUCUCUCUGUCUCUGUCUCUGUCUCUGUCUCUCUCUCUCUGUCUCUGUCUCUGUCUCUGUCUCUGUCUCUGUCUCUGUCUCUGUCUCUCUCUCUCUCUCUCUCUCUCACUCUCACUCUCACUCUCACUCUCUCUCUCGCUCUCUCUUUUUCCACUCUUGCACAUUGAUGCAGCUUCACACUCUCUGCAGUAGCACUAACACAUCGAUGCAUCUUCACUCUCUCUGCAGUAGCACUAACACUCAGUGUGAAAUGUACAUUUUGUUGCGUUCUUCAUGUUCUUGUUUCCUUGUUUCAGUUUGAAUAAGAUGUCCACUCUACAGUUCUAUGACUAUAGUCAGUUACAGAGAUUAAUAUUUUUGUUUUUUUAAACCAAUUGCCUAAUCUUUAUUAGAAACAACAGGUUAGGGCCUCCCGAGUGGCGCAGUGGUCUAAGGCAGUACAUCGCUAGCUGUGCCACUAGAGAUCCUGGUUCGAGUCCAGGCUCUGUCGCAGCCGGUCGCGACCGGGAGACCCAUGGGGAGACCCAUGGGGCGGCGCACAAUUGGCCCAGCGUCGUCCAACUGUCCCAUCGCGCACUAGCGACUCCUGUGGCGGGCCAGGCAUAGUGCACGCUGACACGGUCGCCAGGUGUACGGUGUUCUUCCAGGUUAAGCGGGCAUUGUGUCCAGAAGCAAUGGGGCUUGGUUGGGUUGUGUUUCGGAGGAUGCACGGCUCUCGACCUUCGCCUCUCCCGUGUCCGUACGUUGCAGCGAUGGGAAAAGACUGUAACUACCAAUUGGAUACCACGAAAUUGGGGAGAAAAAAAUGAAACAACAGGUUAAUAUCAGGUAACGACAGGGAAAUAACAGUGUAAUGACAGGGAAACAACAGGAAACAACAGGGAAAGAACAGGGUAACGGCAGGGAAAUAACAGGAAACAACAGGGAAAUAACAGGAAACAACAGGGAAAUAACAGGAAACAACAGGGAAAUAACAGGAAACAACAGGGAAAUAACAGGAAACAACUGGGAAAUAACAGGAAACAACAGGGAAACAACAGGGUAACGACAGGGUAACGACAGGGUAACAAUGCCAUAAAAGCCUGUUCAUAGUUAGUAUGUAACUGCUAAUAAAGAUUUUAAGUGUGCCAAAAGGAUAUAAAGUGUGAAGAAUGUUCCUGGUUGUUAUAUAGAAACAAUUAUUAAUUACUUCAGAACUAUAAAUAAUAGAGCAUAAGUUAUGUAGUAAGUAUUCAAGGCCAUUUUCACCUGUUCUCAGUAGCACCAUUUAUACUUAUGUACAAUGUACUUGGAACGUUCUUUGAAAAACCGUUUAUUUAACAAAAAGGUUUGAGAAACUACAUCAUACUUAUACUGUAUGUAGGCCAACCACAAAACGUACCUUUUGGGUAUUUUGCUUGUAGUUCAUAGUUAUCCAGUCCGUACAGGUGGUGUGCAAACAGGUACACGUACCAUGUUAUUAUUGACUAUACAUAAGUAGUUAUGGUUUUUACUGCUACUUCAUUCAUAGUUUUAGUGUGCCUAUGGUGUUUCAGCACUGUAUUUUAAAGCAAACUCUGUUCCCCUGUUAUCAUGUUCACAAAUGGUACUUUCUCUAUAGCUCUAGUGGUACUUGGACCCGCAUUUACCCUUGUUAGUGGGGACUACGCCCUCAUUGGCCCGAGAGACACACAUCGGUGGCAGGUGGCCACUCAGGGAACAGGUGUAAACAUCACCUGACCACGGUGCUCACCUCCACACCUGCCAUUGUCAUUCGGGAGGCCAAGCAGAAACGCUCCUGUCUCUCUCACACUCUUUCUCCUUCGAAUUCCUAGAAUGUGAUACUAGCAAGACUAUAAUGUAAUGUUUUUUAGCGCAAAAUAUUUAGCCAUACUGAUAAUAUGCAUUUGGAGGUACUGAGCUGAUGCUUGUGGCUCUAUUUGAUACAGUGCCAAGAGGGAUGCAAAGACACUACAAUGUUCCAUCUCCAUCUCCCCUGAACAUUUGCUUCUUACCUUCCCCCCCACCAUUACAUUUACAUUUACGUCAUUUAGCAGACGCUCUUAUCCAGAGCGACUUACAAAUAGGUGCAUUCACCUUAUAGCCAGUGGGAUAACCACUUUACAAAAAAAAAAAAAUCUUUUUGGGGUAAGGGGGGGGUAGAAGGAUUACUUUAUCCUAUCCCAGGUAUUCCUUAAAGAGGUGGGGUUUCAAAUGUCUCCGGAAGGUGGUGAGUGACUCCGCUGUCCUGGCGUCGUGAGGGAGCUUGUUCCACCAUUUGGGUGCCAGAGCAGCGAAACAGUUUUUGACUGGGCUGAGCGGGAACUAUGCUUCCGCAGAGGUAGGGGAGCCAGCAGGCCAGAGGUGGAUGAACGCAAUGCCCUCGUUUGGGUGUAGGGACUGAUCAGAGCCUGAAGGUACGGAGGUGCCGUUCCCCUCACAGCUCCGUAGGCAAGCACCAUGGUCUUGUAGCAGAUGCGAGCUUCAACUGGAAGCCAGUGGAGUGUGCGGAGGAGCGGGGUGACGUGAGAGAACUUGGGAAGGUUGAACACCAGACGGGCUGCGGCAUUCUGGAUGAGUUGUAGGGGUUUAAUGGCACAGGCAGGGAGCCCAGCCAACAGCGAGUUGCAGUAAUCCAGACGGGAGAUGACAAGUGCCUGGAUUAGGACCUGUGCCGCUUCCUGUGUAAGGCAGGGUCGUACUCUCCGAGUGUUGUAGAGCAUGAACCUACAGGAUCGGGUCACCGCAUUGAUGUUAGCGGAGAACGACAGGGUGUUGUCCAGGGUCACGCCAAGGCUCUUCGCACUCUGGGAGGAGGACACAACGGAGUUGUCAACCGUGAUGGCGAGAUCAUGGAACAGGCAGUCCUUCCCCGGGAGGAAGAGCAGCUCCGUCUUGCCAAGGUUCAGCUUGAGGUGGUGAUCCGUCAUCCAUACUGAUAUGUCUGCCAGACAUGCAGAGAUGCGAUUCGCCACCUGGUUAUCAGAAGGGGGAAAGGAGAAGAUUAGUUGUGUGUCGUCAGCGUAGCAAUGAUAGGAGAGGCCAUGUGAGGAUAUGACAGAUCCAAGUGACUUGGUGUAUAGCGAGAAUAGGAGAGGGCCUAGAACUGAGCCCUGGGGGACACCAGUGGUGAGAGCACGUGGUGAGGAGACAGCUUCACGCCACGCCACUUGGUAGGAGCGACCGGUCAGGUAGGACGCAAUCCAAGAGUGAGCCGCGCCGGAGAUGCCCAGCUCGGAGAGGGUGGAGAGGAGGAUCUGAUGGUUCACAGUAUCAAAGGCAGCAGACAGGUCUAGAAGGACAAGAGCAGAGGAGAGAGAGUUAGCUUUAGCAGUGCGGAGAGCCUCCGUGACACAGAGAAGAGCAGUCUCAGUUGAAUGACCAGUCUUGAAACCUGACUGGUUUGGAUCAAGAAGGUCAUUCUGAGAGAGAUAGCAAGAGAGUUGGCUAAAGACGGCACGCUCAAUAGUUUUGGAGAGAAAAGAGAGAAGGGAUACUGGUCUGUAGUUGUUGACAUCAGAGGGAUCGAGUGUUGGUUUUUUGAGAAGGGGUGCAACUCUCGCUCUCUUGAAGACGGAAGGGACAUAGCCAGCGGUCAAGGAUGAGUUGAUCAGCGAGGUGAGGUAAGGGAGAAGGUCACUGGAGAUGGUCUGGAGAAGAGAGGAGGGGAUAGGGUCAAGCGGGCAGGUUGUUGGGCGCUAAUGUUUUGAUUAUGUUAGCUCCCAGAAAACACUCUGUAGUGUGUUCACCCAUAAAAUGAUUCAUUCAUUAAAGGUUUAUACAAAUAUGUCCCAAUAGAGAAUUCCGUCAAAAAAAAACAUAGACCAAACCCCAUGUCCCUACCAUAAAUUUAGCAUGUUUACAGUGAAUGGAAUGUCAUCACAGGCAUGAUCAAAAAGAGGUCACUGCUCAAUAGAACUCUGUGACGCUGCUCCGCGACAGAACGGCGCUAACUUCGAACGUCAACUGACAAGCUAACUAGUCGGCUGCAGGUUCCUGAGUGAAAGCAUGGGCUUUUUCUAAAUGAAAUCCACUGAAUGCAAAACUAAAUAGGGACUAAAUAUAUAUUUAUUUACUAAGCUAAGAGACUGAAUUUCAAUAUAAACCCUCCGCGAAGACAAUCUGUUCCUGUUUUCAUUUUGUAUUUCUGAGUCUUUCCCUUUAAAUCGCCGUAGAAACGGCUCCUCUCAACAUAGAUUGAUCGCUUGUAUAGGCAAUGAAAGCCAAGGAUCUGGAGGUGAAAAUGACGAAGCUAUCAAGUUGAAUAUGAUUGGUCCUACCAGCAGAAACACCUCCAAAUGGUACCAACUCACAACACCAAAUAUGGAAGAGAUACAACCAAGAGCGGCGCAGUCUAAAAUAGAAACGGUCACAGCAAAUUCACGUUCUUAUUUAAUCAAUACUGAAGUACAAGUAUAUUAAGGUUAUAAUAUUGUAGAGAACAAUAUAAUGAUUUAUUCUAUGUAAUGUAUAAUGACAUAGGGCAAAGAAAACUACGUUUUGAGAUUUGAUUUUUUAGGACCCUCUUGAAUUGCCCGUUUUUUUCUCUACACUCUGACUUCUGUGCCAGAGGUGAGUAGGUAGGCAUGUUCCCAGCCAAUAGAGAUCCACACUGCCCCAAUGUGUCUUCCAUUAUUCAAUAGGGGCUGGUCUCAGGGCCCGUAUCCAUAAAGCAUCUCUGAAUAGGAGUGCUGAUCUAGGAUCAGUUUUUCUUUUUAGAUGACAAUUAAUUGACAGGGCGGUACCGGAUCCUAGAUCAGCACUCCUAUUCUGAGACACUUUAAGAGACCUGGCCUUAGCGUGCAGGGGAUAUUAAAUCCCCUACUACAUCCUACUGUGCCCCCUGCCAGAGCUGUGUGGCCUAGAACAGGCAACAGCCACCAGGCAAAAGUGUGCUGGAAUAGUGGUUAGGCAACAUCACAAUGCUCUGUGAUACGUUUGGUUCCCAAGAGAGGAGACAAGUAGUCAUGUUAGAAAUGUAGAUAGAUUUAUCUCGUUUUAAGUUGAAUACCCUCCUCAUCCAUUCUAAUGCACCGGUUAUAAAUGAUGUCGUUUUUACUAAAAACAUGCAUGCACCCUGCAUCUAGAAACAUUGUACUGUGCUGUGCAGACCUUAGAUACAGUAUGUGUUUUGUUGUCUUAUAUCACACAAUGGGGCUGUGGUUUCUGUUUGAUAAACAGCCUUUCUAAGAACGUUCCAAGUACAUUCCACAUCAGUAUAAACAGUGCUACUGAGAACAGGUGAAAAUGGACUUGAAUACUUUCUACAUAUAUAUUUAUAUUUAUAUUUUAGUCAUUUAGCAGACACUCUUAUCCAGAGCGACUUACAUGAGCAAUUAGGGUUAAGUGCCUUGCUCAAGGGCACAUCGACAGAUUUUUCACCUGAGGGGAUUAGAACCAGCGACCUUUCGGUUACUGGCACAACGCUCUUAACCACUAAGCUACCUUAUGCUUAUUAUCCUCUAUUAUUCAUAGUUCUUAAAGAUGGAAUUCGCAGUAGGGGGAAAUAGCACCACUGUCCGCCCUACAGCCGUUGUUUUUGUUUUGUUUUGUUUGACGAAGCAGAGGAGCGUAGUGCAACAGGGUAAACAGUUUUGCAGUACUUCUUUGUUGCUGCAAUAUCGCAAAUGGACGUGGCAGUUUCACCAUUAAGGAUUCUAGCUAUAAGUAAUGAAUAAUUGUUUCUACAUAACAACCAGGACAAUUCGUCACACUUUAUAAAGUUAUUUAGCAGCUAGGUACUAACUAUGAACGGGUUAUUACUGCGAUGUUACCCUGUCGUUACUGUGUUAUUUCCCUGUCGUUUCCUGUUACUUCACUGUCGUUUCCUGUUAUUUCCCUGUCGUUUCCUGUUAUUUCUCUGUCGUUAGUGUUAUUUCCCUGUAGUUUCCUGUUAUUUCCCUGUCGUUUCCUGUUAUUUCCUUGUCGUUUCCUGUUAUUUCUCCAUCGUUACAGUGUUAUUUCCCUGUCAUUUCCUGUUAUUUCCCUGUCAUUUCCUGUUAUUUCUCUGUCGUUUCCUGUUAUUUCUCUGUCGUUAGUGUUAUUUCCCUGUCGUUUCCUGUUAUGUCAGCACUGCCCACUAAAGUGCUAUGGAAAAAGGUUAUAUGUUUUUUGUGGGUUAUUGUUCGGUUUUAUUUUUCUUCGUUCUGGAUAUCUGACACCGUAGUUGAAACAAAGUGCUGCAGAAUGAAUGCUACAACUGUCACCUUGCUCUCCUCUGUAAAGGAACCAAAAAAAAUCACCAAGGUUCUUUGUGUCGUUGGUUGAUUGACUGACAGCUGAGUUAGAGGAGGAAGCGCCCAUUCAUAAGGCCCUUGGUCUGGUCGGACGAUCUUCCACACGUUUUAGGGACAUCAGUCAAACUCAAUCAUUUCGACAUUAACGUCCUUCAUGAUUUCCAUCACAUUAAUUUGACGCAAAACGGACCGAGGGCGGAACAAGGGGGAACUGUGAUGUACUACAGAUUAGAUAGUAAAUUGAAUUGAAAAUACUAGCAGAGGUCUCCCGUUAAAGGGCAGGUAAUGGGAGGCUGGAGGUGGGAGGCUUCCACCAUGAAGCAGCUGUGCCCAAUGAUAGACAGGCACCAGAAAAGUGUGACCAAGUCUCACACACACACACACAAACACCCUCAUACACGAUCCAAAACGUCCAAACACACACACAGAUCUGAAUGGAACUCAUCUCCAAAGUUACAAUGUCAAUGCGUGUGGCAGGCUGGGUUCACCCUCGUAACGGAUUCUUGAAAGCCUCUGUUUGAAAAGGUUGAGUCUUGCUGAGACAAGGCUUCAGUCCCGUUAUUAGUCAUUAUAAAUAAUACAGUGUAAUUAACUCCACUGUUUUUCUUUUUCUCUCCACAACCUGUCACGACUCAGAAACCUUAGAAGGCCUAUUUGAACAUCAGAGGAUCCGGCCAUCUAUCUUACACCUAUUGAGAAUUCUCUCUCUAGCAAGCCAGGGAAUCAUAAUAACUCAGAGACUUAAGAAGGCCUAUUUAAACAUCAGAGGACCCAACCAUCAAUUCUACACCUGGAGAAUUGUCUCUAUACAGAAAGACACCCAGGGAAUCAUAAUUCACACACCCGACUCAGUGUUUAGUCACUUACCCGCACCCUGUCAGUCUGUCUUCAUAUGACAGAGAGCAUGAGUGAAGAACAGAGGGGGUAAUCUGCGCACAAUUAAUGAGUUCUUAACUGCCUGCCCCAUUGGGUCAUCAGGCAGAGCUACAAAAGAGAGUGGGCGGAGGGGUUGAAGGGGAGGAGGUGGAGGAAAGAAGGAGUGGAGGGGAGAGCAGGUUAAAAGGUCCACAAGGUAGUUCUAAUUUCCGAUCCCCACCCUUCAGAACACUGACGAAUGUACAGCUGCUGCAGAGGCUAUGGAAACUUAGGCUCCAAUGGGAAUGAACUAAAGAAUGGCUGCCUGGGACUUUGUAAUCUUGCAGGGAGCACACUUUUUUUUGUUCUUCUUCUCGCUCUACAUCUCUGUUCCCUACCCUCUCUGCUCUCUUUCGCUCUCUCAACCCCUCGCUCUGUUCUCUAGUCGCUCUUCCUCUCUUUUUUUAUAUUUUGACAGCAUAUCUAUUAUUCAUCAAGAAAAAGUCAAGUUUGUAGUCCUUCUAGUUCCCAGACAGUAAGAGAGGGAGUCUUGUUUGGCACAUUUAUAAUGUAUCGGCAGUUCGUGAAGGCGACAUCUAUUAUUGAUUCUUCCUGGACAGACAAAGUGUUUGAUGGACAGCCAAUGAUGGACAGUGCUCAAUGACCGCUUCGAGCCCUUUGAGGGACAAUGUCAUUCAUGUUAGUCUGGUCUGUAAGACUCCAUCUUCUCCUCCCAUGGUGCCUGCCAGGAUCACAGAUACAACGAGAAACUGUGGCAGGAGUUCAAGCUAACCCUCACUGGGGCAAAACUCGCUAACAUUGCUCUUGUGUGUUUUUGGAAUGUUCCUUUCGAUCUGUAAGGAUCACAGAUACAAAGACAUACAGGAGUUCAAUUACAAUGAUCCUGCAAGUUUUUUGUUGUUGUUUCCAAUUCGAUCUGGACAGAUUUCCCAUCACCCUCCUCUUACUGAAGUUCAAUCAAAAACACACUAUAGGAAAACCCAGUAACAUUGCUCCUGUGUGUUUUUUUUAUGUUCAUUUUGAUCUGCUAUUCUUGCUCUGCUGUUGUUGUAGCCAAGUUCUGUGGGGACCCUGGUGUUCCUGCCCAUGGCUCCAGAGAGGGCCUCAGCUUCAUCUACCAGUCAGAGGUGUCGUUCAGCUGUAGCGCCCCCUAUAUCCCGGUGGGCUCCACUACACGCAUGUGCCAGGCUGACGGCUCCUGGAGCGGAUUCCAGCCUCGCUGUAUAGGUAAGCAUCUAGUGUGUGUGUGGGUGGUGUGUGUGUGUGUGUGUGUGCGUGCGUGCAUGCUUCUCUUUAUUCCUGGAGAGUUCAUCAUCUCUGCAACAACUUUC